UGGGGCGCCAAGUCCCACCCCCGGGUCUGGAGAAAUGCGUGGAUCCGGAGUUCGCGUCCAGGCACGUGCUGCUUCAGGACGGGCCAGCCGGCGGGUGAAUCCUGCCAGCCACGCGUGGGGCGGGCCCUUGGCACCUCUCCAGGCCAUUCUCUCCUGUGCCAGAAGUUUUGUAGGUGCAACUUCCCCUUGGAGCAGCUGUGAGUGCGGAUCCAGGAGAGCAAACCCGAGGCGUCUCAGAGAGAGCCUGGACAGCCGCUGCAGCCCUUCCCGAGCAGAGUGUCACCAGUGUCCCCUCCGGAGCUGCAUGUGACCUGAGCAGCAUGGUGCCCUCCAGCCCAGCGGUGGAGAAGCAGGUGCCUGUGGAACCUGGGCCUGACCCCGAGCUCCGGUCCUGGCGGCGCCUUGUGUGCUACCUUUGCUUCUACGGCUUCAUGGCGCAGAUGCGGCCGGGGGAGAGCUUCAUCACGCCCUACCUCCUGGGGCCAGAGAAGAACUUCAGGCCCGAGCAGGUCACCAACCAGAUCACGCCGGUGCUGUCGUACUCCUACCUGGCCGUGCUGGUGCCCGUGUUCCUGCUCACCGACUACCUGCGCUACACGCCGGUGCUGCUGCUGCAGGGGCUCAGCUUCGUGUCGGUGUGGCUGCUGCUGCUGCUGGGCGACUCGGUGGCGCACAUGCAGCUCAUGGAGUUCUUUUACAGUGUCACCAUGGCCGCGCGCAUCGCCUACUCCUCCUACAUCUUCUCUCUCGUGCAGCCCGCGCGCUACCAGCGUGUGGCGGGCUACUCGCGCGCUGCCGUGCUGCUGGGUGUGUUCACCAGCUCCGUGCUGGGCCAGCUGCUGGUCACCGUGGGCCGAGUCUCCUUCUCCACGCUCAACUACAUCUCGCUGGCCUUCCUCACCUUCAGUGUGGUCCUCGCCCUCUUCCUGAAGCGCCCCAAACGCAGCCUCUUCUUCAACCGCGACGACCGGGAGCCGGGCGAAGCCUCGGCUUCGGAGCUGGAGCGCAUGAACGCCGGCCCGGGCGGGAAGCUGGGGCGCGCGCUGCGGGCGGCCUGCGGGGACUCCGUGCUGGCGCGGAUGCUGCGGGGGCUGGGGGAUAGCCUGCGGCGGCCGCAGCUCCGCCUUUGGUCCCUCUGGUGGGUCUUCAACUCGGCCGGCUACUACCUGGUGGUCUACUACGUGCACAUCCUGUGGAACGAGGUGGACCCCACCACCAACAGUGCACAAGUCUACAACGGCGCGGCCGAUGCUGCUUCUACGCUACUGGGUGCCAUCACGUCCUUCGCCGCGGGCUUCCUGAAGAUCCGCUGGGUGCGCUGGUCCAAGCUGCUCAUCGCGGGCGUCACGGCCACGCAGGCCGGGCUGGUCUUCCUUCUGGUGCACACGAGUAGCAUCUGGCUGUGCUAUGCGGCCUUCGUGCUGUUCCGCGGCUCCUACCAGUUCCUCGUGCCCAUCGCCACCUUUCAGAUCGCAUCUUCUCUGUCUAAAGAGCUCUGCGCCCUGGUCUUCGGGGUCAACACGUUCUUUGCCACCGUUGUCAAGACCAUCAUCACCUUCAUCGUCUCGGACGCGCGGGGCCUGGGCUUCCCGGUCCGCAAGCAGUUCCACUUCUACUGUGUGUACUUCCUGAUCCUGUCCAUCAUCUACUUCCUGGGAGCCAUGCUGGAUGGCCUGUGGCACUGCCAGCGGGGCCACCACGUGCCGCUCCCCCCAGCCCAGGGUCUGAGGAGUCCCGCGGAGGAGAAGGCAGCACAGGAGCUGAGCGUGCAGGACAAGGGCCUCGGAGGCCUGCAGCCAGCCCACAGCCCGCCGCUCUCCCCAGAAGAUGGCCUGGGGACUGUGGGGCCAGCGUCCCUGGAGCAGAGACAGGGCGACCCAGCCCCAGCCCCGGCCCUGCAGGCAGCUGGAUUCCUGAGCCCAGUGACAGUCCUUUCUGCCUGCACUCCGUGCUCUGCCCAGGCCUCAGGCUCUGAUGCUGCAGAUGAGACCUGUCCCCAGCCGGCUGUCCAUCCUCCUGCUGUCAGCAGGCUGGGUUUGCAGUGUCAUCCAAGUGACAGUGUUCAGAAUGUGAACCAGUGACCCUCGGGGGCCCCUCUGGUAACUUUGCAGGUGGCCCUCGGUACGUCCCUGUGACCCCUGCCUCGAAGGUCACUUGCCUUAGCCAUGGGGGCCUCCGCUUAGCCUGCGGGCAGGUCCCCUGGGAUUCCCCCCACCCUGUGCUGCACUCUAGCGGUGGCCACAGCCUGCUGGCGACACUCAGGGCAGCUGCCUGGCCAUGCUGUCCCUGCGCUGUGCCCCGCGGGCUUUGGUUGCUGGAAGAGGUGGGUGGUGGGCUCCUGUGUCCACCAGGCCUCACUGGCUCAUGCCCCUUGGGGGGCUUGAGACAAAUCUUCUGUGCCCCUCCGGGCUGGUGAAGUGGCCUUAGAUACCAGCUCAGGGGACACUGGCCACACAGGAGUUCUGAGCCCUCUAGGGCAGGGUGGGAACCUAGGCCCCCAGGCGUAGCUGAGCUGUGACAUUGCUGGUCAUCCUUGGUGCUCUUGUGUUUUGGAAGGUGGCUCGGCUUUUUUUUUUUUCUUUUUGAGACAGAAUCUCACUCUGUUGCCCA